AUGAACCUAAUAAAAAACAUAGGAAAACUAAUUUGGGGCAAUCCCGAUAAUCCUGAACUCUUUCAAAUUGGCGGUGGUCAACUAAUUCGCAUUAGACCCGAUAAUUCCAAAGUCGCUCGAGAAUGCAUGUAUGCACGAAAGAAUAAAGAUAGCUUAGCACACUUACAAGCCUCUCAUUAUACUAUUUUCACAAAAAUUAGAUAUAGGGAUUCUCAAGCAACUAUACGUCGAACACCACAAGAAUGGCAAUACCAUCUUUAUUUAUCAUAUCCAAAGAAUUCUUUAAUAUUAACAAUAAAAUCCUUCAUAGUAGAAGACAUUGAAAAAUCAUUUCUAAUUGAUGAAUCGUUGGAAUUUCGUAAAGGUGAAACUGAAGGAUUCAAAACUUUUAUAUGGAAGAAUCUUGGCGAGGACGCCUUGGAAAACUCGAUUGAUUUAUUUGAAUUCGUUUGUGAUUUGAGAGUGUCCGAGCAUACUGUGAAAACGUUUGAGUUUACUAUGUAUCAUUGUAUGUACGAGCGGAAACAUAGAAAGUCUCACGACAAUGCCAGUGAUCAGGACAUUCAAAGUUUUAUCUAUGUACCGAAACGCGUGAAUGAGCGUCCAUCCACUCCUACACGUACUUCAGUUCACGCACGAUCCCCUGACGCAUUUUCGGUUACUACACCUCUUAUAAUAUCAAGUUCUUCCUCACGAUCAACACCGACGCGUCAAAUAGGAAAAUCAGAAUUGCCUGAUUCAUAUUCGAAUCUCGAUACGUUAGUGAGCAUUGAGGCUGCCUUAUACCUAUUUGAUGCUGCCACAUCGACUUUCGUUGAGUAUGCACCUAAAGUAACAGCCACGCUACUCCAGGGCAACAAUUUCCAAUACUGGCUGAAUAUCUUUGACGAUGAAGUUAAUUAUGUCGGACAAAAACUUCAGCCAAAUAUGAAUCCGGUUUUUAGUACUGAAAAUUGGUGUUUAAUCUGGUGUCAUUACGAUGAAGGAGGAGAGAUAUACUCUUGGUCCCUUCGCUUUGACAGCCUCGAGGAGACGAAAAAUUUUAGAGCAGUAUUUGCGCGAGCCAUGUUUGAAGCACUAAAUGAGAUUAAAUUUUCUUCCAUUAGAAAAGAGGAUCAAGAAUACGUAAUUAGUACAUAUGAUGAUGAUGUGGAGAUGCCAGACGUGAUUCGGGAAGAUUCAGAUGACGAUGAUUCAAACUCUGAGGAUGAAUCAGAUCGAAAUAACAAGGAUGAUAGGCGAGAUGCGGAUUCUGAUAAUGAAAAGAAUAGUCACCUUGCUGUUGGAUAUAAACAUAAUAGAUCAUUUGUUGUGAAGGGUCACAAUAUUGGCGUUUUCAGACAUACAGAUGAUGAUAAUAUUGAGCAUAUAAGUUCAAUAAAGAACAUUGCGGAUUCUUCUGGGAAAACAUUUAGUCCUAAAAAGGUGAUGUUACAUGAGGAAGACUCAUCGUUACUUCUAAUGAAUGACCAAAAUGAGCACAGUCUCUACAAAAUGGACUUGGAAUAUGGAAAAAUAGUCGAGGAAUGGAAUGUGCACGAUGUCAUUCCAUGCACAAACAUCGUCCCUGAGAAGAAAUUUGCACAAAUGACAGGAGAAAAAACUGUCAUCGGAAUAUCGCACAAUUCCAUAUUUCGAAUUGACCCUCGUGUCAACUCGAAAUAUAAACUGGUCGAUUCUAGUCGCAAACAGUACGUGACAAAGAAUAAUUUCUCAUGUGCUGCAACCGACGAAAAGGGACACAUUGCACUAGGAAAUGAAAAGGGUGAAGUUAAAUUAUAUGACACUCUUGGAAAAAAUGCAAAGACGAAUUUAACGGGCUUGGGAGACCCGAUUAUUGGAGUUGAUGUGACUUCAGAUGGAAAAUAUGUUGUGGCCACUUGUCGAACUUAUCUCCUCCUUAUCAAUACGCAAAUUGCAGGAGAAGACAGGACUGGAUUCGAAAAGAGCUUUGCAAAGGAUUCGAAGCCCAAGGGGAUAAAAUUGCAUUUAAGACCUGAACACAUAAAAAUGAUGCAAGUGGAUGUUUGUUUCACUCCUGCUCGAUUCAAUAUGGGAACUUCUGCAAAUUCGAAAGAGAAAUCAAUUGUCACCAGUACUGGUCCAUAUGUAAUCACUUGGAGUUUCCUAAGUCUCAAAAGAGGAAAAUUGUACGACUAUCACAUAAAACGUUACGUGGACGAUGUUGUUGCUGAUAACUUCAAAUACGGAGAAGAUAAAUCUAUAGUUGUUGCUUUACCAAAGCAUGUGUUACUCACAAAGAAAAUAGAAGACCGAGAUGAUGCUGUGGAGGAAGAGGAAACCGGAGUGGUUGAGGAAGCCGAAGUUCAGGUUACCUCUGACGCUCCCGCUAAGGGAGUAAUGAGUGUUGAAGACGCCCUCCAGGAUGUCUUAAAACGUGCGCUUGUAGUUGAUGGUUUGGCCCGUGGGUUAAGAGAAUGCGCCAAAGCUUUGGACAGGCGCCAAGCUCAUUUGUGUGUCUUAGUCGAAACAUGCACCGAAAAAGAAUACCUGAAAUUAGUAGAAGCACUUUGCUCUGAACAUAAUAUAAGCCUUAUCAAGAUAUCAGAUGCGAAGAAAUUAGGUGAAUGGGCGGGUCUUUGUAAAAUUGAUCGUGAAGGAAAUCCUCGAAAAGUGGUCGCUUGCUCUUGCGUAGUUGUUAAAGAUUUUGGUGAAGAUUCUGAAGCUAGGAACGUGCUUUUAGAUUAUUUCAAACAACGUUAA